AAGUGAAACGUGAUCAUGUGACACAGGCUUUUCUGAUGGCGUAGAAGAACCAGAAUAGAUGUCUUGAGCACACCCGUCUCAGAUACAAAAAAGACAAAGGAAAGGCCUUCAUUAUGAAAAUCACACACUUCAUGACCGUGUUUUGGCCACUCUCUAUGCUACUAUUUGACAAAAGUCAGGCCUCUAAAACAGAAGUCAAAUGUAAUUUCACCAGAAGAAAUUAUUCCUUUAUUCCAGAGGGUAUCAGUAACAGUGUUACCAUCCUUGAUCUCAGUUCUAACCAGAUCACUCUGAAUGCUUCAGACAUCAGGGUGCUCCAGAUGUAUUCUUUACUUACUGAGCUCUACCUGAUGGAGAACAGCAUUACUGCCAUACACAAUAAUAGUUUCAGUAAUCUCUCCAAUCUAGAAAUUUUAAACAUCUGUGGAAAUUCCAUCAGUGUAAUUGAACAGGGCUCAUUUGUUGGCUUAAAUAAAGUAAAACAGUUAUAUCUUUGCCAAAACAAAAUAUUACAACUGAAUCCCAAUACAUUUGUACCUCUAUUCAACCUGAGAGUUCUGAAUCUGCAAGGCAACUUGAUAAACCACUUUGAUGUGCCACAACGGUUCCAUCUGGAGCUGCUAACGUUGGAUGGAAAUCCAUGGAACUGCACCUGUGGUCUACUCCAGCUGCAGAACUGGCUGAACACGUCUAAUGUGAUAUUAGAAAAUGAGAACAUCACCACGUGUAGCUACCCAGAUGACCUAAAGCACUACAGCAUUAAGUCAGUACCAUUCACUGCUGAAUGCCACUCUAAAUUUAUUUCCACUAUAACUGAAGAUCUGUAUAUUGAUUUUCCAUCCAUUGGGAAUUCAACUUCUAAUAGCUCUUUAAAAAAUUUAACACGGAACUCAGAACAUGAACCUCUUGGAAAAAGCUGGGCUCUCCUUGUUGGUGUUGUCAUCACUGUACUGCUAACGUCACUCCUCAUCUUUAUUGCUAUCAAGUGUCCAAUAUGGUAUAAUAUUCUGCUUAGUUACAAUCAUCAUCGCCUGGAAGAGCAUGAAGCAGAAACCUACGACAAUGGCCUUACUAGAAACCCAAGCUCCCUUUCACAAAUAACAGAUACAAACUCUGAAGACAUUACAGUAAUAUUCGAACAACUGCAUUCAUUUGUGGAGAAUGAUGAUGGUUUUAUUGAAGACAGAUAUAUAGAUAUCAAUGAGGUACAAGAAGAAAAAUAAUUUAUCAUGUUGAAAAUUUGAAAAAAUAUUUUUAGUCUACUUAUAGCUUAGACAAAAAGAUUUUUAUUUGCAAAAAAACUUUAACAAGCAGACCGUCAUAUUAAUCAGUACCUUAUGUAAAUAUCAUACAAUUUUUUUUGCUGUAUUGCAUAAGCAAGUCCAAAUGCAGUAACUUAUACUCUGGUUAGCUAAAGGCUGAAUAAUUUAUCUACACCACCACCACUUACUAGUGUCAGGAGUAUUCGGAAAACCACAAACUGGUAAAAACAAAGCCCAAGAAUGAUUAUUUACUAACUAAAAUGAACAGAUGCUGGUAUUAACAAAUGCAUGUGUUGCAAUGUCUGAGAUUAUACUAAAAUUUUAACCAAUAAAGGAAUAUAAAAUUUAGAUUUAUAUCAUCAAAGUGAGGAUCUUUGACUACAGAAAUUAGUCUAAUGCUCACAAAUGAAUCCACUGAAUGGAGACUAUUUUUUAAUGCUGCCUGAACCUAAAAAAACAGUUUCCUUAAAAACUGGCAGCAAUUUAAAGCACAGGCACAAUGUUUAGGAAUAAUCCCUAAUAAUCGCUACUGAUUUUGACAGUGAUUUUUAGGAAGGGUUCCACAUACAAUUGCUAUACUCAAUAUUGCAAUGGCUUCUAAACUGGCCAUCACAACUACUCAUGAACUUUCUUUUAAAACACACAUUUCUGUAUCUCUUUUGGGAGAUUAUUUUUCAAAUCAUUGUGAGCUAGAACUGAGGAAUACUUAGGUAAUCUACACAUAUCUGUUUGUGUUUCAAUAAACAGAGCAAUGCUUCCCAAAUUGUUUUCUAGCCGGGCGGUGGUGGCGCACGCCUUUAAUACCAGCACUCGGGAGGCAGAGGCAGGCAGAUCUCUGGGAAGCUGGCCUCCAAGAGCUAGUUCCGGGACAGGCUCCAAAGCUACAGAGAAACCCUGUCUCGAAAAACCAAAAAAAUUUAAAAAAACCAAAUUGUUUUCUAAAACACUGAUUUUCCACAAUGACACUGACAAGCAUCUACAGAAAAAGAAAAAGGUACCUAGUCAACUUACCAAAAGAAUCUAAAUUUAAACAAGGUGAACUAAGAAUCUUUCCUUUAGUAUUGAUAUAGAUUUUACUAAACUGAGGUGUUCUCUGAGUUUUGAAGAGCAUUUACAUAGCAUGUGGAAGACCCUGGGUUUUUACUCCCACAUAUACAUACAUAUGUACACACACACACAUACCACAAAGAAACUUUAAAAUUUACUUGACAAUCAAACCCUUCCUUGGAAAAAUAGCUAAAAGCUCACAGCACAUUAAAAGACCAAAGGACAUAUUCUGGAAACACUAGCCCUAAAUAGAAAGGGUCUAUCUAAAGCAAAAUGGUUACCAAUCCUCGUAUAAUGGAUUAGCUGCAAAUAUAAUUUGAACCACUUACCAGUUUAAAGAGUGCAACCAAAAAUUAGCAAAGUCUGUGAUUUACCAUUCUAUAUGUGGGAAACUCAAUGUAUUUAUCUGAUUAUUUUAGAGAUAAGGCUAUGGCAAAACACUGAACUUUUGAACUUUACUUGUGGAUGAAAUAUGUAACAUAUUUUCUAUGAUUUUCAUCAUCCGCAUACACAGAAGAGCACAGUGACUAGACUUGAAGACGGAGCACAGCUGGAAAUGUGCUGACAAAACUUGGAAUUAGAUACAUGGGCAUACAAUGCUCCGAUUCUGAUGUUCCAAUUUCUAGUUAAUAAAGAUAUUCCAAAAAUGUACAUGAUAACAUCUUACAAAAGACUAGUAAUGUAGAUCGGUUAUAUAAACAGUGCCGAUAAGAUAGCUCAGCAAUUCAACGUCCAUGCACCAAAGCCUGACAAUCUGAGUUCAAUCCCCAGACCAACAUGAUGGACAGAGAGAAUCAAGUUGUCCUCUGAGCUCCACAUGUACACUAUGUUACAAGUGUACCAACACACAUAUACAUACAUACACACACACACAAUAAUAAAUUUAAAAAUUUUUAAAGGUUAUAUAAAUAGUACAUUCAAUUGGAAUGUUCACAGAUGGAAAAUAAAAUAUAUCCCUUGAACCAAAUGACUUAUUUGUGUUAAUACAUAUUUUAUUAUAUUUAUAGUAACACAAAGAAUAUAAACAUAUCUAAUCUUAUGAAUUAUAAAUUAUUUAAGUAUCAAUUUUAAAACAUAAAGCAUCUUUUCCUAAAUAAUCUAUCACUCUACUUAAAUAACAUUUCCUGCUUAGAAGAUCUAAAGAUUAAUUUUUGGGAAAUAGUAUAAAAUUAUAAAUAAGCCCAGAUUAUACCUGAUCUCUUACAUCCAACAUUUUAUUAUUGGGUAGUUAGUAAAUAUCUGACUGAGGAGGAAUAAAUGAACAUAAAAUUGUGACUAAUAUGCUUUUAAAGGACAAUUUUGACUAAUGCGAAACUAGAAAGAUAACUCAAAAUCAUAUAUUUACUAUGUAAACAUUGUUGCAAUCAUUUGCUGAUGCUAUACCUACAACCAGCUUAUAGUAGACAGCUUUUCCAUAAUAAAUCAGAGAAUCAAACCACACUAAAUGAUGGCAAAAGUGGGAGCUUUUUCCAUAUGUUGUCAAGAUGUAUGGCCUUCCUUAGUUCCUCUAAAUACAUAGUCAAGAUUAAGCUAGUGACCAAAUACUUUUCAAAUCUUUUAUUUUUUUAUUUCUAGAAUAUAUACUUUUAAAUCAUAUAACUGUAAAAUUUAUAUAUACAAUUUGGGUAUUAGCAUAACUUCUGAGAUAACGACAUAGGGACACAAAGGUUUUAAAUUCUAUGAAGCAUUCAGAGCUACAAACUUAUAUGUUUGCAUAUACUUUCUUCAUCAGGUUGUUUACUGCAGAAGUAACAUGGGAGUGUAUUUAGUGUUAAUAAACUUCAGUAAUUUUGGUUAAUAACUAACCUUGCUCUCAAACAAAUUAACAGUAGUAAGCUUCUGGAACAGAAUGCUAUACAUAUGUUUAUACACCAUAGCUCAACUUUUAUAUUUACCUUACCAUAUGCUGAAGUAUUUGAUACUGGUCAAAACUAAUUUUAAAAAAUUAUUUUAAUUCACAUUUAUUAUCUUUGUAGGGAUUACUGUUACAUUUUAUUAUGGAAAUCAAAACUAGUUCAUAUUUAGUCUUUAUAAAUAAGUUAUGUAUAAAUUCACAUAUAAUCUAUAGGCAGCAUAGAGUAUUAUAUAUUGUGAGAAUUAUAUUAUCAUAGAGAAUAUAAUUACCAUAAUGUCAGUUAAUGUACAAAGCCUACUGACUAAUAACUGCUUUCAUUAAAGUAGAACUAAAAUGUCAAAAUUAGUUAAAAGUCUCAGUCAAACUCUAAGAGUAGACAUAAAGACAUAAUUCACCUUACAGUUUAAGUUGUUGGAAACAGAAAUCAUAUUUAUACAAUUGGGUAGUUCUUUCUUUUGUAUACUAUUCCGUUCCUUGACAUUAAAAUAGAUUUUGUAUUGAGAUGUUAUGUUAAAUCAAGAAAAAAAUGACACAUUUUCUAUUACAAAUAUAUGCUUGUAACAGGUCAGUAAGA